AUGCCUGUCGUCUCUCGCAUCGUCUCGCCCAUCUUCAGGACCGGAGAGCUCAUCUUCGCUUCCGUCGUUGCAGGUAUCGUCGGCUCGUACCUGCACUCCUUCAGCCGUUUGCGUAAUCACGGCUUUCCUCAGAGCCGCUGGAUCUAUACCGAGGUCAUCGCCGGUAUCUCCAUCCUGCUCUCUCUGAUCUGGCUUGUCCCUUUCUCCUGGUCGUUCAAGGCAUGGCCUAUGGACGUCAUCCUCUCCCUCGCCUGGUUUGCUUCAUUCGGGCUUCAGGUCAACUCUCUCAGCUCUCUAAGAUGCGGCAGUGCAUUCAAUUGGACAGGAUUUACCAGCAAUAACCCAUGCGGUCGAUGGAGGGCUUCUGAGGCCUUCAGCUUCCUCUCUGCUUGUUUCUGGAUGGUCACUGCGGUCAUCGGCGUCUGGUUCACUUUCCGCAAGCGCAACGGAGCCGUUGCAGGUGAUGGAGUCGAAAAUCGCAAGUGGUACCGUCGUCAUGCAGUCUAA